AUGGGGAAAUUUCAAGACUUCCCCCACCAACAUUUUAUUGUUUACUUUGCUUACGUUGUUGAACAUUUGGUUUACUAUUUUAGCUCCAAACACCUUGCCCAAAUGAACUGUCAUUCUAAUAAUAACAAUACUGGAGAAGAAAGAACAAAAUGCUGUUCUCACAAAAAAAUCGAAAUGAUUUUGUGUUCAUGUCCUAAACAAUGCCAAUGUGUCGGGCAAUGUAAAUGUGGAAAAUGUACCGAAGACAAAUCCAAAUGUACCUGUCCAACUGCAUCUUGUGUAUGUGAUGGUGACUGUGCUUGUGACCACUGUCAGCCCCCAGAUGCGAGUGAUGAUGAUCUUACUACUCCUAGGAGUUGCUGCUGUUAG